UUCUUCUGCUGCCUUAGGGCAUGUAUUUUGCGCAUAUAGGCUUUGAAGCAGUAGGUCUCAGCCUGUUUCUAGAGAACAACAAAACGGAGCAACUCGCAAAGAACUAAAAACUAAAACAGAGCAAAAGGAAGCGGUUGACCACCACAAUGAGCGGGCGGCUGCUCCUGCUCCUCCGCCUGAUCCUCUGCAUCGUACUUGCCACAAGGCAGCUCGCUCUCGCCGGCGCAGCCUCCAGUUCCACGGUGGUGACCAGCCUCCCGGGGUUCCAGGGCCGCCUCCCCUUCCACCUCGAGACCGGGUACGUGGAGGUGGACGAGGAGAACGGCACCGAGCUGUUCUACUACUUCGUGGAGUCGGAGGCCGGCGGCGAGAAUGACCCUUUCCUCCUCUGGCUCACCGGCGGCGACCACUGCUCCGUACUCAGCGGCCUCGCGUUCGAGAUCGGUACAUUUUGUUUCCGUUCUCAAUUCGUCGUAGAGCCUUACAAUGGCACCAUACCGAGCCUGGAAAUCAAUCCCAACUCAUGGACCAAGGUUGCGCAUAUCCUCUUCGUUGAUUCGCCGGCCGGGGCAGGAUUUUCCUUUUCCAGACAACCCAAAGGUUACCAUGUUGGGGAAAUAUCUACCUCACUGCAGUUACAUGAGUUCCUCAUCAAGUGGUUUAGGGACCAUCCCAAGUUUCUAUCAAGUCCUCUCUAUAUCGGGGGAGACUCGUGAAACCCAUAAGAUCUCGGAAAAAUUGUACCAUUCAUCACACAAAAGAUUUCCCAAGGUAAUGAAGUUGGAAGGAGCCCCCUUCUUAAUCUCAAGGUACCUACCGAUGGCUCACCACUCUUCAACCCAUAUCUAUCUUGUAGCUCCAAAGUGCCUUUUGCUCACGGAUUCGGUAUAAUAUCAGAUCAAUUAUAUGAGACGAUAUUGGGGCAUUGCCAAGGACAAGACUACAAGAAUCCUACAAACGUGCUGUGUGCAAAAGCUCUGGGUACUUUCCAUAGUCUCCUCUCUGAAGUUAUGUCGCCGCAUAUUUUGUUGAUCAAAUGCGUUUAUUCAUCUGCUGGACCACAUGCGGAGAUGGACGAUUCGGCUGGUGCUGACAGGAAGAUCUUAAGCGAGGAAGCAGCUGGAAUCAAAAUGGGGAAACGGCUGGAGCAUCCGCCAGUUCGUCCUCCACUUGACUGUAUUGACUACGCCCACUACCUGUCGUAUUUCUGGGCGAACGACGAGCGCACCCGAGAUGCCCUCGGCAUCAAGGACGGCACCGUGGACGAGUGGGUGAGGUGUCAAGAUGGCGGCGUCCCCUACACCAGAGACAUCCUGAGCAGCAUCAAGUAUCACUGCAACGUUACAGCCAACGGCUACCGCGCGCUUGUAUACAGCGGCGACCACGAUUCGGUGGUGCCGCAUCUGGGGACGCAGGCGUGGGUGAGGUCCCUUGGCUUCCCCAUCGUCGACGAAUGGAGGGCGUGGCAUCUCCAUGGCCAGUCUGCCGGUUUCACCAUAACUUACUCCAACAACAUGACAUUCGCGACCGUAAAGGGUGGUGGUCACACGGCGCCUGAGUACGAGCCUGACAGAUGCUUCGCCAUGUUCAGCCGUUGGAUACUGAAUCAACCACUCUAGCCUAUUUGUAUUCUCCAUUGUGAAAGAUAAACCCUACAUAUGUAGUACUCCCUCCGUUCUAAAUUACUUGUCUUGAAUUUGUCUAGAUACAGAUGUAUCUAGACUUAUUUUAGUGCUAGAUACCUCCGUAUCUAGACAAAUCUAAGAUAAGUAAUUCAGAACAAAGAGAGUAGUUCCCACAAAACAAACAUGCACAUGGGGGAUGUAUCGAUGCAAGAUGUGAGUUCCUGACUUUGCGUCGGAGUCAUCUCCCCAGUGCGCGAAUUUUCAAACAAGAAAAAAGAAACUACACAGUGC